GUUGGAGGUAGAUAAAGUAUAUGUUUGUCAGCAGUCAUGGAAGAAGACACAGAAAUUGUUUCAGAGACAGAAAGCAGCCCCGAAUCCCAAGAAAAAACACCUGACAGUUUUAUUGAAGAUAUUGCAACUGAUUAUGUCAAUUACACUCAGUUUGAUUCAGCCAAAGAGAAAGAAAAAUUCAGUGAAAAUAUAGAAGGAAUGCUGACAAAGAUGGAAGAAUUCUGUGGUUUAGUUGAUAUGAUUAGAGCCGAUACUAGCAUAUGUUUAACAGAGACACUACCUAGGAUACAGACAAAAUGUUCACAGAUGCAGGAAAUAUUUGAGAAAAUUGACAAAUUAGAGGCCUUUGUGGCAAUGGUGAAAACAAAUGUGGGUGUGUUAGAGGAGUGUGUCAACAAAGCAGAGGAUGAAAUGGGGUCCUUAAGUGGUCUGAAGAAGAUGCUAUCCUCCUUUGUAGGACCAAAAAAACCAGUUUCAAAAGCUGUUUUCAACCCACCUGAAAUUUUCAGCACCAAGGACUAUUUUCCAGGACCACAGGAAAAAGUGCAAACAGAAGACAUGCCUACAGAAAAGUGACUUAAUUACAGGGAUAAUAAUACAUUCCAGAGUCAUAUCAUUCAGAAAAAUAAAUUUUGAAUCAAAUCAACAUGUAUUUUGAAAUACAGCAAAAUGGUAUAAAAGUAGGGAAAAGGUCAAACGUUUGUACCAGGGUACUUAGGUGCUUGAGAUUUAAAAGUGUUGCAAAAGGCUUCAAAAUGUAUGGAAAUAUGCAGAGAAAUAGGCAUCGAAUAUUUUGGCACGGGCAGUAUGAUCUUUUAAGUGAUUCUUGUAUUUGCAAUGAUGUAUCAAAUUUAAAUCUCGGAUUCACAUAUGGACAUAAUAUGGUGCAUUUUAACAUGUAAUUCAUCUAGAUUUGUAUUUUUUUUAUCAGAAGUUUUCAAUGGGACCAGUAAAUCUUUAGCGGUUUGAGAAACUGUUGAAGCAUACAGAUGUGCAAUAGUUUACCGAUUUUAUGUUGAACCAAUGAGUGGGCAUAUACCUGAACUAACUGUUUUA